AUGACAAUAAUCGAAAUCCCCUCCUCCGAUUGGUCCGAAACCGAGAAAAAAGUUGCAGAAACCAUUCGUGAUUUAUACCAUAUCUCUUUGUUCAGUAGCGUCCCAUUCAGUUGGAGAUGCAGAAGAAAGAGAUCCAACCCUUCAUCUCUUCCGAACAACCGCUACCCUCGACUUAAUGCCACCGCCGCCCUCGACGACAUUCUCCGUCGAGCUAAAGCUACCAGUCCUGCCACGCCUCUUUCGUUUCCGACUACUGAAUCUGAUGAUAAACUCAAACGUUACAAGAAGAAAAUUUCUCUUAAAAAGGAAAAAGAAGCAUCACUUAAAAUGAUUCAAGAUUUGACUAACUCCCAAGCUUCAAUCAAUCAAGAGAUUGAGAAUGUGAAGAAUCACUAUGAUCAACUGAAAAGUUUUAAUUUGAAGUUGAAAUUGAGGAAGCAACAGCUACUAUGUGGUGUUAGGACUAGUAGUGACCUCAAGAGUAAACUGAAAAGCCCCAAUUUGGAAAUUGGAAAGAAUGAUCAAGCCAUUGGUUUAGUCAACAAUUCAACAAAAUCAACGGCUGAAAAUGAACAGCAAGAGAAUAAUGGAUCUUCUUCUGUUGGAUUGGGCCGUAAUAGAGGCCCAAUAGAUAUUCCUGAUCUGAAUUUACCAUCGGAAGAUUAUAUUGAGGGGGUUUCUUUUCAACCGUUGGAUGAAAGUACAAGAAAUAGCUGA